CUUUCUCGUAUAAAAGAUUAAAAAACAAAGAAAGAAAAAACAAAACAUCAUCCUUCCCUUUCCAAGCGCCCUUUGUCCAUUUUUUUUCCCUUUUUCAAAACCCUAAUCUUUCGAUUAUCUCGUCCAUCGGCUCUUCAUCCUCACAGAGUGAUAUCUAAGGGAGGGAGGAAUGGCUCGUACAAAGCAAACUGCUCGCAAAUCCACCGGAGGCAAGGCUCCUAGAAAGCAGCUCGCCACCAAGGCUGCAAGGAAGUCGGCCCCCACUACUGGUGGAGUGAAGAAGCCUCACCGAUACCGCCCUGGAACUGUUGCUCUCAGGGAAAUCCGCAAGUACCAAAAGAGCACAGAGCUAUUGAUUCGCAAGCUUCCUUUUCAGCGUCUUGUUCGUGAAAUUGCACAGGACUUUAAGACGGAUCUGCGGUUCCAGAGCCAUGCAGUUCUUGCUCUGCAGGAGGCUGCAGAGGCAUACUUGGUGGGACUGUUUGAGGAUACAAACCUUUGUGCUAUUCAUGCUAAGAGGGUGACCAUCAUGCCCAAGGACAUCCAGCUUGCCAGGCGUAUCCGUGGUGAACGUGCUUAGGUGUUUGGCUAUUACAUUUUCACCCAUGGUUCUCUCUUUCAUUGCUUUUUGUAUAGCCAAUGUCAAACUGGUUUGAGGGGUGGCUUAUCUAGGUAGAUAUUAGUCUUUCUAUCUCUGCAGACAAUUUUGUGCAGGGUUGUGCUUUCUUUAAGAAAUUUGGAUUUGGAUUUGGAUUCUUUAAGAACCUUCUCUCCUAAAAUGGUGUUGAAUGUUUUUUAUGGUGAACAUUGAUGAAUGGAUUGUCAUUUUAGGGCUUUGUUUCUUAA